AGUAGGAGGAGGAACUUCAGGUCGCUCAUUUAUUGAACGUUUCUUCACAUUAGUGCGCACUCGAGCGCGCCACACACGCAGCGAGCGAGACGCACGCGGCAGAGCUCGAGAACGCAGCGCGCGCAGCCGGAUCGUUCCAAAAUUUGAAAAUUCGAAUGUAACAGCGGCGGCGGGAUGCGACAUUAUAUCCGUCCGUCGGCGCUUUGAUCAAGGCACAUUUCGCGGGAUGGAGAGGAAACUUUGCUGAACUUACAGCUGAUUUUUCAUUAGCUUUGCUUCAGACAUGGAGAGCUGACAGCUGAGCGCGUGCAAGCGGAAGUACGACGACAGACAGCCGCAGGAGCAACUAGAUCUACACACCGGGCUACGAUUUCAGGCCAUAGCAGCUGUCCUCAGUCAUGGCUGCUUACGGACAGACGCAGUACAGCCCCGCGCUACAGCCGGCCGGUCCAUACACACCGUACACACAUCACACGCAGGGCUACAGCAUGACGUCCUACAAUAUUAAAACAGAGGACGGCCUGAGCCAUUCACCAGGACAGAGCAGUUUGCUGGGAUACUCGUCUAACUUCAGCGGCACUCCACCCGCUCAGACGCUCUACAGUUACUCCACACACGGCGGCAGCAUUUCUUCUGGAAUUUUCCAGGGUGCUAACAGCAUCGCGGGCUCGACGCCGUUCAGUCCUGCGCAGCAGGACUUCUCCACGUAUUCUAGCUACAGCCAAAGCCAAUAUUCACCGUACUACAACACGCACUACAACAGCCCGUACAUCACAACCAGCAACAUCACGCCCUCGGCCAUCACCACGGCGAUACCCUAUCAGCACACGGAGCAUCCCGCUGUAUCGACCAAUCACAGUCCGGAAUCACACACGGCAGAGUACCACGCUCCCACGAGUCCUCCGACUCCAGGAAAGGAGCAGGAAGGCGCUCCAGCGAGACGCAGCUCAGAUGGGAAGCUGAGAGGCAGGAAGAGGGCCAAUGACCCCGUCCCCCCUCUGGACUCUGACAUUGAGAGAGUGUUUAUUUGGGACCUGGAUGAGACCAUCAUCAUUUUCCACUCGCUCCUGACGGGAACAUUUUCCACACGCUUCGGCAAGGACUCUGGCAAGGCUGUGUCUCUGGGCUUGUGGAUGGAGGAGAUGAUCUUCAACUUGGCCGAUUCACGUCUGUUUUUCAACGACCUGGAGGAAUGCGACCAAGUUCACAUCGAUGAUGUGGCCUCGGAUGACAACGGGCAGGACUUGAGCACGUAUAACUUUGGCACGGAUGGCUUCCAGAGCCCGGCAGGUGGAGGCACGCUCUGCCUGGGCUCAGGUGUUCACGGCGGGGUGGACUGGAUGAGGAAGCUCGCCUUCCGCUACCGCCGAGUCAAAGAGAUCUACAACACCUACAAGAACAACGUAGGAGGUUUGCUGGGCAGUCCGAAGCGGGAAGAGUGGCUUCAGCUGAGGAGGGAGAUGGAGGUCUUGACGGAUCUGUGGCUGACACAGGCGCUCAAAGCUCUCGCUCUCAUCAACUCCAGACCGAACUGCGUGAACGUGAUGGUCACCACCACGCAGCUGAUCCCAGCGCUCUCCAAAGUGCUUCUCUACGGGCUUGCAGGAGCUUUUCCCAUCGAGAACAUCUACAGCGCCACCAAAACAGGUAAAGAAAGCUGCUUUGAGCGCGUGACCCAGAGGUUCGGCCGGAGAGCUGUGUAUGUGGUGGUGGGGGAUGGAGUCGAGGAGGAGACGGUCGCCAAGAAGAAGAACAUGCCGUUCUGGAGGGUGACCUGCCGGGCCGAUCUGGAGGCGUUGAGUCACGCGCUCGAGCUGGACUACCUCUAGAGGGCGGCGUGCGUCCGCGCGCCUCGGACGUGCGCGGUCCACGGCAAUCACGUGACCCAGCCAGGACCCGCGGGACCAAUCAGCAGGGAGCAGCAAUCUUUCGCUUCAAAUCAAACGCUUUCGCCUCUUUCCCGCGCUCCACCCGAGAGGCUCAGCUCUUUCAUUCACCCGCUUUUCUUCACAGCAGCGCUGCACUGAAAGCAAAGACCCACGAGCGACUGAUUUUCUGUUCGUGCAGAAACCCGGGCGGAGCGCGACGCGUGGGUAUCCCAGAAUGCAACGCACUUGACUUCGUACAGCUCAAGCUCCGGACUGCCGAAAAAUGAAAAAAAAAAAAAAAUCACGCAGAAACUGGAUUCAGAAUAACUAUUUUUUAUUUCUGAGAUGAAACUAGAAGUCAUGUGAUGCAGCAAACUACUGUUUAUCAUAAUGCAUAAUGUGUGCUGUUUUUUUUAUAUAUAUAUAUUAAGCACAGUAUACCGCGUGCAGGUGUGCAGUAUGCUGUAAUGUUAUUUUACAUAGUCUUUUCUGAAACAACUCGUGUUGAGGAUUGAAAGGGGGUAAAACUGAUUUUAGCAUUAUAUAUAUAUAUAUAUAUAUAUAUAUAUAUAUAUAUAUAUAUAUAUAUAUAUAUAUAUAUAUAUAUAUAUUCCCAUGCAUUUCAAAAAAAAACCAAAUUCGUCCUUUUAGAGAUAUGAUAAAAUGCCAUGCUAUCUGAUAAUUCCUCUUGCGAUCAGGCUGACGUUUAUUGCGCCACACGUAAAAAUAACACUAAUUGUUAACUGAAUCAAAAUGCAUUAAAAUGAAGACAUUGUACUAAAACUAACCCCUCGCUUUUCGAGCGAUCGUUUAAUGCAGACCCUUGAAAUGAUUUCAAAGCAAACUAACACGUAAAAUUAGGCACUAAACGACACGAUUAACUUAUGAACGUCGGCGUCCUGCGAGUCUCUGGUGUUCGUGUGCUCUGUUACUGAUGUAUAUUUGUUACUUUGCUGAAGUUGGUGUACUGUAUACUGUACUGUAUGCUCCGCUCCGACCUGCAUGUGCUCUUCACGACCGCUUCUGUUCGCUAUGAUUUGUAUAUAAGGUUGUAUUGUUGAUUUAUUUCUGGGCUUAUUAUGAUAGAAUAAAGAUAAAUUAAUUCCA